UCUGUAUAAUCUCAUUUUCAGAUUACUGUCAUGACUUAGAGCUGCCAGGAGAAAUUACCAUCUAGAUCAAAAAGAUCAUAAGAUAGCUGGCUCCUGCUAGCCACGCCUGGCACUCACCUAUAAUAUAGUUAUAGUAUGAAAUGCUGCCCCUUGGCCGGGUGUGUAAAUCUGUUGACAGCCCCCAAAUUUUGUCACUAUACUAUCCCCCAGGGCGUCCUCCGUGACCCGGCAGUCUAGCAGAAAAUAGUACUGAAUGACUUUCUAGCGUGGCCAAUCCACGCCCAGAGACGCCCGAAGAGCCCACGAUCUGCUUGACCCGUGGCUUGGGAUGCUGUGCGAGGAAUUAAUUUAAAUUACAACGUGUAAAUUCCUAUUGUCCCCUAGCUAGUUAACAAGGAACAUCCCCAACCGACUGGACCAAUGGCCGCUUUGGGGGUCCUGAUGAUGAAUAUCCUCGCGAAUUUCUGGAACAUGGCGACAGAUUGAGCAUGUUUUCGAUUUUCGAUUUCGGUGUUAAAUAGCACUACAUGAUUGUGUUCAGCGCCUUUUGACCAUAUCUAUGGAUAAAUAGAGGACAUUAUUGCCAAUAAUUAGCGGAUUCGGCAUUCUUUUUGAGGCAAAACAUUAUGGCCAAUAAUACAAAGUGGCCCCCUCGGCUUUUGGCGGUUAAACAUGCUGAUACUGUAAUAAUAAUGCUCGACGGAUAGCUUCCUAGGUGUGAAUUUCAAGGCAGUAAGUAAUAGCAGUUGAUCUAUUUUGGAAUCCAGACGUAACGAUGGAUAACGGACGUUCCUCUGUCGAUUUCUUAUACGGAAUAGUUAAUAUUCUGAAUAGUGAAUUUAUACCGAAUUCACUUUUUCCGCGAAGAUGUUAUUACUAGUCAGUCGUAUUUAUCUUUUAUAUUGACCCAAGCAGCCAUCUCAUCUCACCGUAAAGCAACUGAUGACAGCCUGCAAGAUUUCCAUUCCUAGGGUUGCCUGGCUGUUCAGGCCUUUAUUAACCACAUUUUCGGAGAGCUACCGGUAGCUAGUCAAUGCUAGUAAUAAUAGAAUGGCAGCUGUGCACUCUUUAUCAUUACACCAGCCACAGUCGGCAGCUUCUUUUUGACCUCCGUCGCCAUUCCCGAUCAGAAAAAUUGUCUGGAGCUUCUUCAUCAUCUUCUUCUGCAAUCUUUGCCAGCGCCACCCCAUCCCUCCUUUCCUUGUGUCUGUACUUCUCAAGCCCCUAUCCGAGCUAUUGACUAGCUUGGCUCCAGAGUCGGCGUUGCCCAACAUACACCAAAUAUGACGUCUCGGGACCUUCUCGACAACGAGGCCCUGCUGGACGACGAGGAGGACGAUGUAUCCUAUGACGGGGAAGCGGCCAGCGAUGGCCCCAGAGAGCGCGAGCAUGUAAACGGACAAUUCGAGGACUCAAGCGAAGAAGAUGAGGACGACGAUGACGAGGAAGCUGAACGCGCGGUCCGCGAAGGAUUCAUCGUCGAUGAGGAUGAGGAAAUUGAGGACCGGGAAGAACGUCGUCGCGAACGGAAAAGGCGUCGUCAGGCAGAGCGCGAGCGUGAAGAUGAGGACCUCGAUGAAGAAGAUAUCUACCUGAUCGGAGAAAAUAACCCAGAGCUACAGCGUGCUCUACCAACUGAGUCCAAGUUCAAACGUCUGAAACGCGGCCACAAGUCUGACAGAGAUCGACAUGUCUCUCGCGGCAUCGAUGACAUGUUCAACUCAGACGAGGAGGAGGAGGUUGAUCACUAUAGCAGAAUCGGGCGACAUGAACGAAGGGGGAUGGAGGAUGAUAUGGACAACUUCAUCGAGGAGGAUGUCUUCUCAGACGAAGAACGCGAACAGCUACAAGAAGACGAGGAAAUUGCACGCCCCAUGAGAAAGGGGUUGUCAGGAUUAGGCGUGACGGAUGCAACAGGCCUUGAUGAGACAGCGCUGGAAGACAUGCGGAUGGCCUUUGGUGACGGGAAUGACUAUCUAUUUGCGCUUGAGACCGAAGACCAAGAGGAAGAGCUGGACGAAGAUGAAGAAAAGCAACUUGACCUGAAGGAUGUUUUCGAGCCGUCCCAACUCGCGGAGAAGAUGUUGACCGAGGAAGACAAUGUUAUUCGUUUCACUGAUGAACCUGAACGAUGUCAGAUCGCGAGAAAGCCAUACAAGCAUGUCAUAUUGACCGACGAGCAGUUCAAGGAAGAGGCGAUUUGGAUAUCGAACCUCAUGUUGCUGAAGAAGCGCCUCGAUCCGGACCUGCGUGAACCGUUCCAGCGAUCCAUUGCGAAAGUCCUCGAGUUCAUGAUUACUGAUGAUUGGGAGGUCCCGUUUAUAUUCCAGCAUCGCAAAGAUUAUCUUAUACACGCUGCUAAAGUUCCCGUGUCCCCUGACCCUUCCAAUCCGGAUGGCCCAGAGUAUGUCGUCAAGGCUGAGAAGCUGUUGAAUAUGAUAGAUUUGUGGGAUAUUUUUGAAUACGAUCUGAAGUUCCGGUCGCUCGUCGAUAAGCGUAACAGCUUGCAAAAGACUUACGAUAACCUUCAAGCGGUUAGCAACGUAAAAGAUGACAUCUUUGAAUCGAUGCUGCCACUGGCUGUGACCAUGGAGGAGCUACAGGAUGUGCAGGACUAUCUUUACUUCCAGUACCCUAGUCAGCUGAGGGAUAUUGCAGUGGUUAAUGGGGGUGGCGAGGAUGGACUCUCUAAACAACGGCGGAAAGCUACCACGAGAACUUUUUCAGAACGUGUCAGAAAUAGCCGGGCGUAUGGUUUGGUUCGCGCAUUUGGUAUCACUGCGGAUGCUUUCGCGCAAAAUGCACUGAAAGAAGGAAAGCGGCAAUAUACCGAAGACCCCGCAGAACAGCCAGACGUGAUGGCGGAUAAUCUUCUUGACGAUAACUUUACAAAUGGCGGCCAUGCUCUGAAGGCUUCCAAGUCAAUGUUUGCCGAAGAAAUUACGAUGAAUCCCAAGAUGCGCAAGGUUAUGAGGCAGGCUUUUUACAUGAAUGGAGUUAUCGAGUGUUUCAGAACGGAGAAGGGUUUGAAAAAGAUCGACGAACAGCAUCCGUAUUACGAAUUUAAGUACCUUCGAAACCAGCAGCUAAGCGACAUUGCUCGUCGCCCGGAACUUUUCCUGCGGAUGCUUAAAGCGGAGGAAGAGGGCUUAGUGGAUGUUAAAGUCCGGUUCCAGAAUUUUGACAAUUUCAAGAAAAACCUUUAUUCGCAGAUCGAAUCGGAUAACUUUAGCGAACUUGCUGACGCGUGGAAUAGAGAGCGAAGAGAGGUUGUUGAUAUGGCCCUUGGGAAGCUGGAGAGGAUUAUGAGCCGGGGUGUUAAGGAAAAUAUUAGGACGGAAUGCGAGAACCAUGUUGCCAAGGAGUGCAGAGAAGCAUUCUCGUUACGACUUGAUCAGGCUCCUUAUAAGCCCAAGGGGAUGAUUCUAGGCACCAUUCCCAGAGUUCUUGCUUUAUCGAAUGGAAACGGUGUCGUCGGGAAAGAUCCUAUCUACUGGGCAUGGGUUGAAGAAGAUGGUAGGGUGCUGGAGAAUGGAAAAUUUGUCGACCUCUCUCUCGGUGACUCGGGCCGAAUGAUUGCGGAUGGCAAAGACGUCGCCGCCUUCGUUGAACUCGUGGAUAGACGCAAGCCUGAUGUUAUUGGUGUAUCCGGGUUCUCGCCCGAGACUAGAAAGCUUUCCAAACAACUGUCGGAUCUUGUCUCUUCGAAAGACCUGCGUGGCGCUACUUACACCAACGACUACGAUGAGGAAGUCAGCGAUCACCUAGAAGUGGUUAUGGUGAACGAUGAAGUCGCCCGACUCUACCAGACUAGCGAGCGGGCUAAAAUGGAGCAUCCUGGUUUUGCUACUUUGACUCACUAUUGUGUUGCGCUGGCUAAGUACCUCCAGAACCCGAUGAAGGAGUACGCAUCCUUGGGUAGAGACAUUGUAUCGAUUCAGUUCAAGCCAGGACAGCAACUUGUUCCUCAGGACAAAAUCCUGAAGCAGCUGGAAACGGCUCUCGUGGACAUGGUCAACCUUUGUGGUGUUGACAUAAACGAGGCUGUCACUGAUAUGGCAACGGCAAACCUACUUCCCUACGUCUGCGGCCUUGGCCCUCGGAAAGCUGCCCACCUUCUUAAGAUUAUCAAUAUGAACGGAGGCAUUGUCAACAAUAGGAUGGAGCUUCUUGGCGUCAAUGCUCAAUAUCCGGCCAUGGGCGUCAAAGUUUGGAACAACUGCGCCAGUUUCCUCUUUAUUGAUUAUGACAGUACUGAUCCGGACGCGGACUACCUUGAUAAUACACGUGUUCAUCCUGAAGACUAUGAUAUUGGCCGGAAAAUGGCUGCUGAUGCGUUGGAGCUCGAUGAAGAAGAUAUCAAGGCUGAAACAGAUGAAAAUGGACAAGGCGCUAUUAUUCGCAAACUUAUCAAGGAAGACGCGCAGGAUAGAGUCAAUGAUCUUAUUCUCGAGGAGUACGCUGAGCAGCUUGAAAAGAACCUUAGCCAGCGGAAGCGAGCUACUCUCGAAACCAUUCGUGCGGAAUUACAGCAGCCGUAUGAAGAGUUGCGGAAACAGUUUGCCUUCCUAGGCACGGAUACUAUCUUCACCAUGUUGACUGGAGAGACACCCGAGUCUCUGGCAGAAGGUAUGGUCGUGCCGAUUUCCAUCAAACGCGUUACAGACGAUCAUAUCGACGGCAAGCUAGACUGCGGAAUCGACGCUAUCGCCGGCGAGGUUGAAAUUACCGACCGCUAUGACAUCCCCGUUCGAAGUCUGUUUGCCCCCCACCAAACGGUUCAGGGAAAGAUUCUCUACCUCAACCGUAAGCUCCUCCAGGCCAACGUCUCCCUGCGAGAAAGUCAGGUCAACAAGCCGUAUCGACGACAGUUCGAUCACCUCCGCAGCGAAUGGGAUGAGCGACAAGAAGACGCGGAUAGAGAGGCGCUCCGCGAAAAGACAGAGACGAGCGGCCGGGCAAUGCGCGUUAUCAAACAUCCGCUGUUCCGCCCUUUCAACUCUGUGCAAGCUGAGGAGUUCCUUGCGACCCAGAGCCGUGGGGAUGUGGUUAUCAGACCCUCAUCGAACGGGAUCGACCAUAUCGCCGCCACCUGGAAGGUCUCCGAUGGCAUCUACCAACACCUUGACAUCCUUGAGCUAGACAAAGAGAAUGAGUUCUCCGUGGGCAAGAUUUUGAAGGUUGGCGGUAGGUACUCGUAUAGCGAUCUUGACGAGCUUAUCGUCAACCAUAUCAAGGCCAUGGCCAAGAAGGUGGAUGAUAUGAUGAACCAUGAGAAGUUCCAGGAGGGAACCAAGGCCGAUACAGAAGGCUGGUUAACAACCUACACAAAAGCCAAUCCCCGCCGCUCCGUCUACGCAUUCUGCAUCGACCGCAAGCACCCGGGCUAUUUCCACCUCUGCUUCAAAGCAGGCGAGAAUGCGCAGUUGAAUAGCUGGGCUGUCAAGGUUAUCCCGCAGGGGUAUGAGUUGCAACGUAACCCGUAUCCGGACAUGAUGGCGCUAUGUAAUGGGUUUAAACUACUGUUUGCGAAUUUGCAGGCGCGAGCUAAGAGUCGGGCUGCUGGUGGUGGUGGUGGUGGUGGUGGUGGGUAUCGGUGAUUUUUAUCAUAGGUGAUCUUGAGACUGGAUUGGGGUCGGGGAGUACAUUAUUAUUUUAUUUUUUUUCUGUUUCUCAGACAUUCUUGUAUUGCUGCCCUUUCUGUGGAAUUAUGGAUGAAAGGAUGGAUAGAUAAAUAGGUUGGUUUGAAGCGAUAGGUACGGUAUAUCCAUGCAACUCAUAUGUCUAUUACUGCCUAUAUUUCUUUUUUAUCUUUUCUUUUUGCUGGGUGUUUUAUAAACUUGAGCUGGGGAUCAUCUCUUUUUCUUCUUUGGUUUUCCCCGCUUGUCGACGAUAUGGGAUGAGAUCGAUCAUGUUCAUUAUAGCUAGGCACCAGGGGAAAUCGCUUUGAUAUCUGGUGAUAAAGUAAGGGGGGGGGGGCCAAGCUGAUAGUGGAAUCAGAGGAGGAGCUUGUUGCAGAAUAUAACAUUCACAUUCCAAGUAUAAUUCUUUCUUACGUUAAAUGAGGCAGGAUGGGGAUUGUAGUGGUAUGAUACAACCAGCACAUCCAUGUUUCAACCGUC